AUGGCCUACCCAAAGAUCUCAAUUAGGUUUUGUACAAGGUGUAAAUGGAAUUUGAGAAGCGCGUGGUAUUUACAAGAGCUUUUGCAGACGUUCCAGGACGCUUUAGCAGAGGUGUCGUUGAUUCCUGGGGAAGCAGGCGAGUUUCAAGUGCUGGGAUAUAUAGACGCAAAUUCAGCAGCAAUUGUAUUGUGGGAUCGCAAGAUUGAUGGGGGGUUUCCAGACAGUAAGUUUCUGAAGCAGAGAGUCAAGGAACGCGUUUUGGAAAGCAGUGAAGUGGGUGCACAUCUUGCGAGGGAAGUUAAAUCAACGACGUUGGUUACGGAGGAGGAUGAGAAAGAAGGAUCGAGUGAGUGCCACGACUGUGCUUGA